AGCCGCCGCAACCCCCUCCCUGUCGCCGAGAAAGAAAACCCCGCCGCAGCGACGCGUACAAAGUCAAGAUGCAGGCUCCCGUGGUGGUUAUGAACACCCAGUCCGGGGAGAGGCAGUUUGGCCGCAAGGCACAGCUCUCCAACAUCACCGCCGCCAAGACCGUCGCAGACAUCAUCCGGUCAUGUCUCGGUCCCAAGGCCAUGCUGAAGAUGCUGCUCGACCCUAUGGGCGGUAUCGUCCUGACCAACGACGGCCAUGCCAUCCUCAGAGAAAUCGAGGUCGCCCACCCCGCCGCCAAGAGCAUGAUCGAGCUCAGCAGGACGCAAGAUGAGGAGGUCGGAGACGGCACCACCAGUGUCAUCAUAUUAGCUGGUGAAAUGCUGGCGCAGUCCCUUCCUCAGCUGGAGCGCAACAUCCAUCCCGUUGUCAUAAUAAACGCCUUCAAGCGCGCCCUGAAAGAUGCCAUCUCCAUCAUCGAGGAGAUCUCGAUACCCGUCGACGUCAACGAUGACAAGGCCAUGUACUCGCUCAUCCAGUCCUCCAUCGGUACCAAGUUCGUCUCGAGGUGGUCGGAGCUCAUGUGCAACCUGGCUCUGAAGGCGGUGCGGACCGUCUCCCUCGAGGUCGGCAACGGCAAGCGUGAGGUUGAUAUCAAGCGGUACGCACGUGUGGAGAAGAUACCCGGUGGUGAAAUCGAGGAGAGCUGUGUCCUGGACGGUGUCAUGCUGAACAAGGACAUUACGCACCCCAAGAUGAGGAGGCGGAUUGAGAACCCCAAGGUCAUCCUGCUCGACUGCCCGCUGGAGUACAAGAAGGGCGAGUCUCAGACCAACAUCGAGAUCACCAAGGAGGAGGACUGGAACAAGAUUCUGCAGAUUGAGGAGGAGCAGAUCAAGACCAUGUGCGACGCUAUAAUAGCGCUCAAGCCCGACUUGGUCAUCACGGAGAAGGGUGUCUCUGAUCUUGCUCAGCACUUCUUUGUCAAGAACAACAUCACCGCUCUCCGUCGCGUGCGCAAGACGGACAACAACCGUAUUGCCCGUGCCACCGGCGCAACCAUUGUCAACAACGUCCAGUCCAUCCAGCCCUCCGAUGUUGGUACCCGCUGCGGCCUGUUUGAGAUCUCCAAGAUUGGUGAUGAAUACUUCACCUUCCUUACCCAGUGCGAGGACCCCAAGGCCUGCACGAUCCUCCUGCGCGGCCCCUCCAAGGACAUUCUUAACGAGGUGGAGCGCAACCUGCAAGAUGCGAUGGGCGUUGCGCGCAACGUCAUCUGGAACCCCCGCCUCUGCCCCGGCGGUGGUGCGACCGAGAUGGCCGUGGCCGUGGGUCUCGAGAAGAAGGCCAAGGCCGUCGAGGGUGUUGCGCAGUGGCCGUACCGCGCUGUGGCCGAGGCCAUGGAAGUCAUCCCGCGCACGCUGAUCCAGAACUCUGGCUCUUCGCCCAUCCGCGUCCUGACGCAGCUGCGCGCCAAGCACGCUGAGGCCGAGAACGGCAGCACGUGGGGCAUUGACGGCGACAGCGGCAAGCUGGUGGACAUGAAGGAGUAUGGCGUGUGGGAGCCCAUGGCGGUGAAGGAGCAGAGCGUCAAGACGGCGAUUGAGAGCGCAUGCCUGCUGCUGAGAGUCGACGACAUUUGCGCUGCGAAGGCGGCGAAGCAGGCCGGUGGCCCUAUCGGUGGCGGAGAGGAGUAAAACGCUAUCAUGACGAAUCGGGCGGGCUAAAAUAGCGGCCUUGUCGGGCACGAUUGUGGGCAAAUUAAAAAAGAAUUGAUGUACUGAUGUAGCAUAGAAUUUUCUGCCCAUCGAAUUGAACGUCAAACAAGUCC